AUGUAGCUGCAGCACAGCCUUCCCUAACGUUGCAACUGGAGGAAAAAUCACUUUCCUGCCUGUUUUGCAAGGUGUGCAUUUCCAUCUUGAUUCUCUGGAAGUCCAUCUGCUGCAUCGGUCAAGAGAAACUCCACUUGCAUGAAGAUUGCACGCCUGCAGCUUGCAUCUUUGUUGCAAAACUAGCUACAGAAGAGAAGCAAGGCAAAGUCUUUUGUGCUCCCCUCCCCCAUCAAAGAAAAGGGGAAAAUGUCUCAGUCGAAAGGCAAAAAACGAAACCCUGGCCUUAAAAUUCCAAAAGAAGCAUUUGAACAACCUCAGACCAGUUCCACGCCACCUCGAGAUUUAGACUCCAAGGCUUGCAUUUCUAUUGGAAAUCAGAACUUUGAGGUUAAGGCAGAUGACCUGGAACCUAUAAUGGAACUGGGACGAGGUGCGUACGGGGUGGUGGAGAAGAUGCGGCACGUGCCCAGCGGGCAGAUCAUGGCGGUGAAGCGGAUCCGGGCCACAGUAAAUAGCCAGGAGCAGAAAAGGCUAUUGAUGGAUUUGGAUAUUUCCAUGAGGACAGUGGACUGUCCCUUUACUGUCACCUUUUAUGGCGCCCUCUUCCGGGAGGGUGAUGUCUGGAUCUGCAUGGAGCUCAUGGAUACAUCACUAGAUAAAUUCUACAAACAAGUCAUUGAUAAAGGCCAAACAAUUCCAGAGGACAUCUUAGGGAAAAUAGCUGUUUCUAUUGUAAAAGCAUUAGAACAUUUACACAGUAAGCUCUCUGUCAUCCAUCGAGACGUCAAGCCUUCUAAUGUGCUGAUUAAUACCCUGGGCCAAGUGAAGAUGUGUGACUUUGGAAUCAGUGGCUACCUGGUGGAUUCAGUUGCUAAAACAAUCGAUGCAGGUUGCAAACCAUACAUGGCCCCUGAAAGAAUAAACCCAGAGCUCAACCAGAAGGGAUACAGUGUGAAGUCUGACAUUUGGAGUCUGGGCAUCACCAUGAUUGAGUUGGCCAUCCUCCGGUUUCCCUAUGAUUCUUGGGGCACUCCCUUCCAGCAACUCAAACAGGUGGUAGAGGAGCCAUCGCCACAACUCCCAGCAGACAAGUUCUCUGCAGAAUUUGUUGACUUUACCUCACAGUGCUUGAAGAAGAAUUCCAAAGAAAGGCCUACAUAUCCAGAGCUUAUGCAACAUCCAUUCUUCACUGUACAUGAAUCCAAAGCAACAGAUGUGGCAUCUUUUGUAAAAUCGAUUCUUGGAGACUAAAAAGCAAUGGACUUAAUCAGUUGACCCUACUGUGGAUUGGUGGGUUUACAGGGUGAAGCAAGUUCACUACAGCGCCGAUAGGAAGUCAUCUUUGAGAUAAUUUAACCCUGUCUCUCAGAGGGUGUUUGCUCCCUGUUUUCUUUUCUUUUUCCCCUCCUUAGGGGGCCUUGGAAUCUAUAGUAUAGAAUGAACUGUCUAGCUGGAUGAAAUAUGAUAAAGGCUUAGGACUUGAAAAGAUGAUUAAAUAUUUAAUGAUGUGUCAUAUGAGUCCUUAAGCUUCUCAGACUUCUCUUGUUUUUUUACAAAGUGAAUGCAUUGGCCCUGGCAUAAAGGUGCUACCAUAGUGAUGAAAUUGUAAGUAGAUUUGUUGUGUGUACCACUUAUUAUUUUAAUAUUUAUGUGUAAGCGCUUGGUUGCAAAGAUUCCAUUUUAUGCAAGAAGGGAAAUGCAAAAGACAAAGUUGGGUUAGCAAUAUUUAUAGGGCUUUUAUUUUUUAAGUUCAAUCGUGUCUGUGGUCCAGAAGGAAUUAUUUAAUAUGCAUCUUUAAGAAUAUUAUAAAGAUAUCAAAAAGGACCUCUUCUUGUGAAGUCUCUGUGCCAGCUGUCAUGGUUGCUGCCACAUUUUAAACUGCUGCUCAAUCCUGGGUCAUCACCACAUAUUUUAGGUGAGGGGCAAGACAUCCCAGUCAAUCCUACUCUUUCCUCAACUGUGGAAAACAUAAAAGUCAUUUUUAUCACAGCACCAACAGUAGAAAAAAAAAAAGGUGGACAUUUGUGGUAUAGUAUUAGUGGAAAGU